AUGUCUAAAUCAAGGCCAACUCAAUCGCAAAUGAAAUCUUUGGUUGAUCUAAUGGUCAAAGAUCCAUUAUUGUGCGCCGGUAAAUUUAUACCUAUAUAUACCCAAAAAACUGCUAAACAAAAAUGGCAAAUCAUAGCAGAUCAACUUAACGCUUUACCAGGAGCAGAGAAGAGCGGAGAUAAAUGGAAAAAAGUGUAUGACUUAUGA